AUGGAAUACCAUAGAAAAAGAAUGAACGAAUAUCUUUGUCACGGCUACAUAGCGGAAGAAAUUUUUAAAGAAGUGAGCACUCCUAGAGUAAAGCGACAUCCCGAAUCUUUGUCAACCAAUUCAAAUCACAACUUCUUAAGCGACGACAAUGUUACGGUACACGAUAAACUUUUGGCGGAUGAAGGAAGCAUGAAAUAUAAAAACUGGCUGCAACGAACGACGACGCUAAACGAUAUAUAUCGACACUAUGCACCUCAUAAAAAAAUAAUAAAGAAGCAAGAUGUUCAGCACGACGAUAUUGAGGAAUUCGAUGGUGAGGUGACGGGAUACGCGAUGCAAGCUCCUCUGCCAGAAUCAAAUGGAAAAGUGGGCAUUUAUGAUCCGCCUCACGAAGAUGACAUGCUAUCAUCAUCAACGGGACGUCAUUCUUUCCAUUACGGAUCUUUGUUUGGCCAUCAUCACGGCGAUCACUAUGGACAUCAUGUUGACUUCUUCCCGUCUGCUCACGAAGAAUACUAUUAUGCGCCGCAUCAUCAAGAUCAAGACCAUGAAGAUCAUAAACCCUCUUAUUCCAAAGGGAAAAGCAGUGAACUCUCACUCAAGGAAUUCUUCGAAAUUGCACUCACCGCGCUUGCAUUCUUAUCAUUCGGAUUAUUCAUUAUUCAACUUAUAUGUAAUGCUGCGAAGUUUGAAAAUGUUACAUUUUAGGAUAAUAAUAACGGCAGUAGGCGAAAGAAGAGAGCCACGAUUUCUCUUUCUUCGUCUCCCAUUAGCAACGAGGACUUGAACGAGUUAUCCUAUCGCGUUUUAAGGUCUAUCGAAGCGGCAAUGGUUGCCGAAGCAGAUUCUGGUAAUUGUUUGCGCAGGAUACUAUGUGAAGAUAAUCAAUACUCCAAAGAAACUAAAGAUGAUCGCAGAAUUUGGAUUCCCGUUUGGAGCUUGGGCAUGAGUUGGUUAUCGGGCAGAAUGCUGUACAGAACUCCAUGGUCGGCAAUGUUGGAUUCUGUGAAAGCAUCCGUUCUGGGCUUGGGUGGAAUCGAUUGCGCCUCUUUCUAUCCGGAAUGCGAUCUCGAGAGUGAAAGGAUUAAGAGGCGUCGCAGAAAAAAGAAAUAA